AUGUCGCUGAGCACGCAGUUCCUCAGCAGCAUCCUCGGCUUCAUCAAGAAGCAGGACGGCGCCUCGCUGCGCCUCUGGCUGCGCGUCGAGCCCGAUGCCCCGACGCAGUAUCUGCAGCUGGGCCAGGAGCUGCGCACGCAGUUCCGCGGCGAUGCGUCGAUCCACAGCCUCGUCGAGAAGUGCCUGCCGCUCCGCAGCGACGACGGCGACGGCGGCGGUGGCGCGCCGUGGCUGAGCUUCAUUCUGUUCAUGAAGGACUACAUGCUGUACUGGCGCGACGUCAAUUUUGACGAUCUUCCGGCACUAUACGCUCUGCUGAGUGGGCUACUGACAUCUUGCGCCACUGCGUUUACGCACCCCUCCGGGCCCGUGAUGCUCGAGACCAGCGUGGCCAUCUGCGAGGCAUUGGCCAAGCUGGCGAUGGUCAUGCACCACCGCCCGGACCUGACGCGCCGCAUGCAGCCGUCGGCAGCAGCUGGUGGCGCUGGCGGCGGAGGUACGGCCGCUGGCGGCGGCGGUGAUGAAGAGCGCAAGUCGCUCGUCGAGAGCACCGCCGACGCCAUCCAGAAGGUCUGCACGGCGUGCGUCACCGACCGCGGCAGCGCCCGCUUCGCCCGCCCCGAGGGCCGCCGCGUCGCCGUGUACCGGCUGGCCAAUCUCGUCCUCAAGCUGCUCUUUGCCGGCGACAAGGCCCGCUGGGCCGCGCAGAUGUUUACCAACAUCACCAACACGGGUCCGCCGCUCGCCUUCUACCCGGCCGCCCAGCGCGUCACCUACCUCUAUUAUCUGGGUCGCUUCCACCUCGAGAACAACCACUUCCAGCGCGCCGCCCUCUGCCUCGAGGCCGCCUACCGCCAGACCCCGCCCGCCUGCCGCCGCCACCGCCGCCUCAUCCUCACCUACCUCAUCCCCGCCAACCUGCUGCUCGGCAUCUUCCCCUCGGCUGCGCUGCUGCUGCGCCCCGAGGCCGCCGACGAGCUGCGGCCCGUGUUUGCGCCCAUGGCGGCCGCCGUGCGCCAGGGCAACUUUGCUGCCUUCCAGGCCACCCUCCACGAGCACGAAGCCUGGCUCGUGCGCCGCCGCCUGCUGCUGACCCUCGCGUACCGCAUGCGCCCGCUGCUGUGGCGCUCCCUGGUCCGCCGCGUGUUUCUGCUCACCUAUGUGCCGCCGCCCAACAGCGACGCCGUCGUGUCGUCGGCCGCCACCGCGGCGCGCGGCCGCGCCGCGCCGACGCUCGACCUAGCAGACGUGCUCGCCGCUGCCACACUGGCACAGCACCAGAUCGAGGGCUACGCGCCCGUCGCACCCACGCCGCGGCCGCGCGCCGAGCACACAAACACACUCUUUAUGCGGGCGGUCGCCAACAACGCCAACGCGGCGAGAAGCACAGUCGCGGUGCCCCCCUCCGGCGUGCGCAAGCUGCGGCCCAGCGAGGGCAUGGUGUGGGGCAACCUGCCGGUGACCAUGGCCGACGUCGAGAGCGUGGUGUCGUCCUUGGCGGCACAGGGCCUGAUGCACGGCUUCGUCGCCCACGCCGCUCACAAGUUUGCCGUUGUGGGCGCCAAGGCCAAGGGUGCCGUCCUGGCCGGCUUCCCGCCCGUCGCUGAGGUGAUGCGAGAGCAGCUACAGCAGAGCGAUGUCGAUAUAAACAGCGUGCCGGCCUGGGUCAAGGCACCGUGA